GUAUUUAUUUAUUAUAUAAAAAAAAAUGUGUAGGCCUAUUCCCAUAAAAAAAAUACCCAGCAUCAACCGUUAUAAAAAUGGUGUCCAAUAAAUAAUAAAAACGCAUAUAGUCUACUACAAUAGAAAUAGCUAUUGCUGUAACAUAAUACUACCAAGAUAACAUUUAACAAUGUAACAUGUUUGUACAUUGGGCAAUGCGGCUUUGAUAUAGCCUAAACCAGACCUUUCCAAACCACCCCUCCCAUCUAUUUCUACAACGAGUCGACUCGCUGCUUUGAGACAGACAUCACAGAAUCAGCGUGUGCGCAACAGCACACACCGAGCACGGAAAAACACCUCCAUCAAAUCUGUAGUGGCAGUUCACUAGUCAAGGCCCAGGGUCGCCUUUCCGUCGAGGACAUUAACCUGCCCCUGUCUUUCCCAAGAAAAUCCCCCACGGUUUAGCUUUUGUAUCGACUGGCAUCCUGGAGGCAUGGCAGAAGCGGAGUUACAAACCUUUACCUCUAUCAUGGACGCAUUGGUUCGCAUUAGUUCCAACAUGAAGAGUAUGGAACAGGAGCUACAUUGCCUGGUGUGUGAUGAGAUGGUGAAACAGCCCAUCCUCCUGCCAUGCCAGCACAGUGUGUGUCUGCUGUGUGCGGCUGAGGUGUUGGUACAAAGAGGUUACCCUCCUCCAGAACUGCCUCCAGAGCCACACUCACCGGCGUCCACACCCAACACUCGCUCCCCACGACAGGCACGAAGACCCACACCCAGGACUCCUGACCGCCUGGAACGGGUCCUGAGAACAGUGUGUGGGACAUACCCAGGGCGGAGGCGGAAGGACGUGACCCAUCCCCCCAUGUUGUUCCCGUGUCCUUCCUGUCAGCAGGAUGUGGAGCUCGGAGAGAAAGGCCUGACAGACUGCCUUCGCAACCUCACACUGGAGCGGAUCGUGGAGAGGUACAGACACACAGUAAGUCUGGGCAGCGUAGCCAUUAUGUGUGGUUUCUGUAAGCCUCCUCAGUCUCUGGAGGCCACAAAGGGCUGCGCUGACUGCAAGUCCAACUUCUGCAACGAGUGUUUCAAACUCUACCACCCCUGGGGAACCCCUCGAGCUCAGCACGAACACAUUCUACCCACCAACAACUUCCGGCCAAAGGUCCUAAUGUGCACAGAGCACGAGCAGGAGAGACUGCAGUGGUACUGCCGUAACUGCCAGAGGUUACUGUGCCCACUUUGUAAGCUACGUCGUGUCCACCAUGGACACAAAGUGUUGCCUAUAGCACAGGCCUACCAGGCCCUCAAGGACAAAGUUACCAAGGAAGUCAACUUUAUUCUGACCAACCAGGAGACAAUACAGAGUCAGAUCACACAACUGGAAGCUGCCAACAAACAGAUGGAGGCAAACAGCUCAGUGGCUCUGCAUCAGCUGACCCACUGUAUCCGAGAGCUGGGCGCAGCUAUAGCUGAGCGUCAGGGAGCUUUGGCUCUGGCCCUGGAGGGAUCCCGCAGCAAGAAGGAUGAUGCCCUGUCUGCCCAGGUCUCAGAGAGGCAAGGCCUGCUGGAGCACGCGGGCCUGAUGGCCUACACACAGGAGCUGCUCAAGGAGACCGAUCAACCCUGCUUCGUACAGGCUGCCAGAGUCACUCACAGCAGGCUGGUGAAGGCGAUAGAAAAUCUUCAAUGUUUUUCUCUCUCAGCUGAUCCCUCCUUCAGAUACUUUCACCUAGACACAUCCAAAGAGGUCGAGCUCAUCCACAGUUUGGAGUUCAUACAUGCCCCACUGGCUCCAGUCAUUGACACUCAGAAGACACUUGCUUAUGACCAGCUGUUUUUGUGCUGGCGCCUCCCUCAGGACUCGGCCCCAGCUUGGCACUUCUCUGUCGAAUACCAGCGACGUGCAGGAGGAGCGGCGGCCACAUGGGGCGGCACCAGAUCCCCCGAUGCUGCAACAUCAUGGCUGCGUCUGGAUGAUGUGAGAGGGACCAAUGCUGUGGUUGACCGACUGCAGAUGGACAGCGUGUAUGUGCUCAGGGUGAGAGGCUGCAACAAGGCCGGGUUUGGAGAGUACAGUGAAGAAGUUUACCUUCACACUCCACCAGCACCUGUGUUGAGUUUCUCCUUGCACUCACGCUGGGGUUUGCACGCUGACAGGCUGGCGUUGGGUAAAGGCCAAACUUACGCCCGCAGUGUGCCAGGCCUCUCCCUCCUGCAGGCCGCUGACCGCACACUCACUUCUUGCCACUUGACUUCUGACCUGCUAGUGGCCGACUUGGCUGUCAAUCAAGGCAGACACUACUGGGCAUGCUCUGUGGAGCCUGGUUCCUACCUGGUAAAGGUGGGAGUAGGGCAGGAGGCUAAGCUACAAGAGUGGUUUCACCUCCCUCAGGACAUGGCCAGCCCUCGCUGCGACCCAGACAGUGGCCAUGACAGUGGAGCAGAGGACGGCCAGGACUCUCCUCCGUUCUGUUUCCUCACAAUAGGCAUGGGCAAGAUCCUGCUUCCUCAAGGACACGGUCACACUCAGAGCCAGGGGGACAGCCAGAGCCAGGGGGGAGUGCACUCCCACAGUAGCAACCAUAGUAACCUGCCUCACCCUCAUACUACUCCCCUGCCACCUCGACUGGGAGUGUGCCUGGACUGUGACAAAGGACGUAUCUCCUUCUAUGAUGCCCACUCGUUGCGGAUCCUGUGGGAGGGACACAUGGACUGUUCCGCCCCUGUGUGUCCGGCAUUCUGCUUCAUCGGCGGAGGGGCCCUGCAGCUGCAGGACCUUGUGGCAAAUCGGAACAUCGAAGAGCCGCCGCCACGGAGGGUAACCAUCCAAACACGUGCAACAAAUCUCAGCAAAUAAACUGAUGUGAGAGCAGUUUAUGUGCACAGUUCACUCAGAAAUCAAAGUUGUUUUUCAUGCCUGUAGAGGUGGUUCAUAUUCACCCCUAAUGUGAGUUCAUACAUAAUUGCCUUGAUCCUGUAAACUUUGAUUCUUGAUUGAACAUUUUCCUCUCAAUUUGACCGUUGAGAUCUUUAUUAAAAUAAAGAUCUAUAAAGAUUUAUUAAAAUAUUUUCUUUUGCAUUUGAACUUGGCCUGAAUAUCAAAUCUCUCUUUUGGCUUUCUUUCUUCUCAAUUUUGCAAUGCUACGCUGGAGUGAUUUUAGACUAUGCAGAAUUCUGUUAGCAGGGUGAGUAAAUCUGUUUGCAAUGUAAGAAAACAAAUCUGCUCUCCUUUUUACACUUGUCUUAAUUUGUCCCAGAAUGACUAGACAGCAAACGUUGCAUGCAAGUGUAACUAGGAUUCAUAACUUCCAUAUAUGCAGAUAACUGACUGUCUGACUGACUUGUAAAAGCACCUCAGAUGUACUGUAUGUCUAAUUUUAUAUCUUGAUUUUUUUUUUUUUUAUGUAGCCUCAACAAGUGUUAACGAUGUGUAUAUAACUCAGAAUUAGAGAAUGUGAAUUUUCUUCGGUUUGUUGAAUUGUAAAGUUCUGCAGGCUCACGUCAGGAUCACAUGUCUCGCAGUCUCAACAGUCCCAGGUGGUAUUUUAUAUAGUCGCUGUUUUUGCAAUUUAAAAAAGGACUUGUGUGGCAUUUUGUUAAACGCGCUCACAGUUGCCUCAAUGUUUUCAGAAGAGAUAUCAAAGUAAAAAAAGGUUCUGAAGAAGAAUGUUCUCAUCAAGCUGUCUGUCUUCAUAACAUGUGAAUACAUUUCAGUGUUUUACAUGUUGACCAUACAGAUGGCCUACUUGUCCAGUAUUAAACUGUGGUGUUUGAGUGACUUGCACAUAUAUAUUAAUGAUGAGACGUUAAAGGAAGUGGAUGGAUGAAGUAGGCUAAUGAGAAGAGGUUUAUUUUAUGAGCUCUGGUUGACUUGAAAUGUUACUUUUCUUUCUCUUACUGCAGUGGACAGUAGCUCAUUUACUUGUUAACUAAUUCAAAGUGAUGUUUGUGGAAGUGUAAGAGCCCAGUUAUGUAUCAUUUCACUGCAAAAGGAUGUCUAUAUUGUAAUAUUUUCAAAUCGACUGGCCCCGACUGUAUUUUGAUAUAUAAUAUGAUUUUUCUGGUGUGUGUGUGUGUGUGUGUGUGUAUGUGUGUCCUGUCUUGAAUGACAUGUCUAGACUCUACUUGUGUUACAGCACAGCACUUGAAUGACUUUAGACUAUAGCAUCCCAGAAAUCAGAAUCUCUUCAUUUAGAUUUAGCCUUGGCUGGCAGAGUGUUUCUAUCAUGUCCUGAGAAAAACAAUAAAUGACUGAUAAAUGUAACAUGGAGUCACUUUGUGUCAUAAAUAACCAAUGUUUUGUACAGAAGCAACCCCUCUUUUUUUAUGAUGUCAUUCAUAACGUGCUUCCUGUGAUACAUUUAAGACAAACCUUUUCUUUAUUUAAUGUAUUCCUU